AUGAUUCUCGUCGAUCUGGUCGACUUCGACUACUUGAUCGUCAAAGACAAGCUCGAGAAAGACGAUGACCUCUUUUCAUUCAUGACACCAAAGGCCGAGUUCCGCACCAAAGCAUGGGCUGAUUGCAAUGUGGCAAGCCUUGCUAGGGACGAUAUGAUCCAGUUCGACCGCAUUGGUUUCUUCCGGGUUGGUCGAGCAUAUGAGGAUGGAAAGCCUGCUGUGCUGUUCAGCAUUCCGACUGGGAAGGGAGUUUGA